GCAGAGAGCGGAGCCGAUGUUUCCCCUUCCCUCAGGUCCUGCUGUGGCCCAUCUAGCACAAGGUAUCAUCACAACUUUGCAUGGCUGCAAAGACAGCACAAAGAGGAACAAAGGAGAUUGUUGCCAUGGGAACUGGGACGAAAUGCCUUGGGCAGUCUGGAAUGAGGAAGACCGGGGACAUCCUCAACGACAGCCACGCGGAAGUAGUGGCCAAGAGGAGCUUCCAGAGGUACCUCCUUCACCAACUGUGGCUAGCAGCUGUCUACCGGGAGCCCAGCAUCUUCCUCCCAGGGACGGAGGAAGGGAAGUGGGUUCUGAAAGCAGGCGUCAGCUUCAUUUUUUUCUCCAGCCACACGCCUUGUGGAGAUGCAUCCAUAAUUCCAGUGACGGAAGUGGAGGACCAGCCCUGUGAGCCACUCCACCCGUUCAAGGGCCCCAGUAGGGGUAACGGGGACUGCGUGACACGGGCAACUAAAAGGGCCCCCGAAGAGACUGCGGCACCCUCCUUUCCCAAGAGACCCAAAGAGGAGGCCAGCAAUUCAGCGCGGGUUGUGGAGCUUUCUGCUUGUGACCACCCAGGAGCCAAAGUGGUGGAUGUCCAUAGGACGGGGGCCAAGUGUGUCCCAGGGCAGACGGGUGACUCCUGGCAGUCAGGCAGUGAGUAUCACACCGUGGGACUUCUGCGGAUCAAGCCUGGCCGUGGGGCCCAGACAGCCUCCAUGUCUUGCAGUGAUAAGCUGGCGCGCUGGAACGUGCUUGGCUGCCAAGGGGCCCUGCUGAUGCAUUUCCUGCAGCAGCCCAUCUACCUGUCGGCCAUGGUGGUGGGCCAGUGCCCCUACAGCCAAGAGGCCAUGCACAGGGCCAUUGUCGCAAGGUGUCGGCCCAUCGUGUGUUUGCCGGAUGGAUUCCGGGUUCAGGAGCUGGAGAUCCUGCCGUCCCGGCUGUGCUUCCUCCACAGCCGCAAAGUGGUGCAAGACGGCUGUGCUCCGGGCCAGGGGAAGGUGGUUCCGAGCGGCGCAGCUAUCAGCUGGAGUGCUGUUCCGGAGCAUCCUCUCGAUGUCACCUCGCAGGGCUUCAAGCAGGGGACCACCAAGAAAGGGAUUGGAAGCCUGGCGUCCAGGUCUCGGAUCUGCAAGGUGGAACUCUUCCAUGCAUUCCUGAAGCUGGUGGCCAGCAUUCCACUGGGGACUCUGCCAGAAACUCUGAGAGAUAAGAAACUGCAGACUUACUGGGACUACAAAGAAGCUGCUGUCCAUUACCAAGAGGCCUGGCAGGAGCUGCGAAGCCAGGCAUUUGGCUCCUGGCUAAGGAGCAGCCGUAGUUACCUGCACUUCACCUGAGAGAGGGGAGGGGCCACGUUAACGACGACUCCUGGCUCACAGGCAAGAUCGCCUUGGCUAGGGGGGUGAUGACUCUGGGCCCUGCUGUGACCCACAAGGCUGGAUUCUUUCGGUUUUGGGAACUUCUCUGUAAAGUAUGGAGGCCCAUAGGAAUCAUGUGACUUUUCUAGAAGCUUCAGCUGUUGUGUGGUAUAGAAAUGAAACAACAAAAAUAGUAAGUCUUGACAAAAGGGUAGACCAACCCUCCGAAUUUGGUGGGAGUGGACAGCACGAGCAGAUGCAGCUCUUGCUGGGUCUGGUGCUUUCUCCCAGCCUGCGUUGCAGAGCAUGUGGACUGGCUGAGAUCAGAACACAGCGCCCACAAUCCCUCCGUAUUUCAUGAUAGGGUCAUGAAAUGUCCCUGUUUACGUGAGUGUCUGAGUUGAGAUGGUUGCUCGUCUGUGUUAACUUCAGACACAAAAUAUGGGGAUGCAUUUGCCUUAUGUAAGGGCUCAACAUAGUUUGUAAUUCAUGGUAUUUGAUAAAUAAUUUUAAUGGUAUACAAAUGUCGAAGAUCUAAUUUAGUUUUUAAGUUUCUAUCAGUAUGUUUGGCUGCAGGACAGAUUGAAGGUCACUAAAUUGUUUGUCAGCUGCUUUAUUCACAGUUAGGUAUGUAUGUUGUUGCAGUUUAACAUUUGGAACAGUUGCAUCUUGAGCUAAAAUAACUGCUUCCAAAUGGGUCAGUCGCCCUUGAAGAGACUAGAAACCUGGAACAAGAACAUCUGACGGACUUGAGGAGCAAAGAAGUAGAGUUUGUUCAUGAUUCUACAACAGCCCAUUUAGGAAGUUGCUCUACACUCUAGUCUAGGCUCCUUUUGAGAUACACAAGAACACAAGAUUAUUAGAAGAUCCUGCUGGAUUGCACCAAAGGCCUAUCCAGUCCAACCUGCUUUUCCAUACAGCAGCCAACCAGAUGCCUCUGGGAAGCCCACGAGAUGAACGUGCGCCGGCAACAGCUGCACACCCAUGAUAGAAGGACAUUCUUGAGAGAAACUUCAUUGUGUUCUCACAAUGGAUGGAGAGCGUAAUAUAGUGGGAAUAAAUAUCCAGGCAAGAUUAGGGCAGAAGCAUGGAGAUGGAUGACUGGAGUGCAAGGAAAUGUAAUGAAGUUAAUCCUUUCCCAAGAGAUUUUAAUUUUACUACAUUUACAGCUAAUCCAAUGGCUGCAGACAAGAUUUUUAGGAAUAAAAGAAUUGGGCCAAUCUGUGUCUAUUCCAAAAAGAUAAUAUUGAAAAGCUGUGCAAUUGUUUUGCUGACAAAAGAAGGGAACGGAACCGGAUUUUAGACAGUUACAUUUUGGGUAAGAAUAACAAUCCCAUCGAUGUUCAAAUCCUGAUGCUGCUCUUUCAGAUCAAGGGUGGCCCAGAGCAACCUCUUUUGAAUGAUUUUUAGCUCACAUUUCUUUGGUAUAAUUGAUGAGGAUUGCCUUCUAUGCUGGUGUAUCUCUGCCACUGGAGAUGGGGAGGGGCUGACUGUUACAUCGCCCACUCAUCAAAGGCUUUCAUACAAGUAGCCUGUUUUACUUGCACCUACUAAUAUCACUUCCAUGGGUGACUGGGACAACCAUCCUUGUAAAGGAGCCUUGGGGAAGGUGGAAAAAAGGACACAAGGAUCAUAAAUUGCCAGGUGCUCUUCGUUUGCAGAAAAUGCCUGUAAAGCUGUAUAAUUGGUCUUGGUUGUCACGCUUGGCUGCCUCUGUUAAUUAUGAACGAGGUGGGUAAGAAUAAAUGAUGCGUGCUACUGCUUGUGACGUUGUUAUGGUGUGUGUGGUUGCAAUUAAGCAUGGAAUUGGCCAAACCCGGCAUCUGCCUGCUUUUUGGGUCUGGGGAGUUGUGCUUAUUGGCAGCAGUGCAAGACAGUCAUGCAGAGCAGCCCUUAUCUGGACCAUCAGAAGCAGGGCCUGGUGACGCAAGGACGUGGCAGAAAGGAAACCACCACAGGAUAAGCCCCCAGCCAAAGAAUCUGCUCCAAAGUUUGCUGUCCUCUAAUGCAUAAAUAUUGUGUAUUCCUGAAUGGCUUAUACAUUGUGUUUUAAACACUGUUUUGUAUACAUACUUGACACUAUGGGAAAUGGUUGCAGAGUAAAACCACAUUUUUAAUAAAUUGAACACCUGGCUUGACAGCAA